AUGAUCGCGGGAGACCAAGGCGUGUGGAGGGCUUGUCUUGGGGUGGAGCAAGACGCGGGAAGGCAUUUGCUCUACAACGCCAAGGAGCGCGCUGCUCGUAGCGGCACCACGAACGAUGGUGGGGUGGAGAAUGCUACGGCUUCAUCUCAUCCUUCCGCGCCUCCUUUGCCCGUCGGGGGUGGUGGUGAUGGUGAAGGCAUACUCUCUACUUCUUCCGUGCCUACUCUGCCCGUCGGAGGUGGUGGUGAUGUCGAAGGCAUACCCUCUACUCCUUCCGUGCCUCCUUUGCCUGCGGGGGGUGGACAUCAUGCAAACGGCAGCAUCUCAUUGCCUACAGCGUCACCGAGCACGAUGAAUGGCAUGCCAGAGGACAGCCAUCCGCGCGCGAGCGCGCGCGGGACAGUCCCAAGGCAUUGGCCUACAUCACCAAGUGUUGAUGAUAUCCCUGAGCAACGGCGGGUGGCAUUCGACAGAGGGGUUGAUGAGUUGAAGCUGUUGGGGUUCGAUGUGAAGGGCAUCAUCUCAGAUCAAGGGACCACGUUUAGAGGCGCUGCGGCAGAGCGAAAGCUGGAUCAUCAGGUGGAUUGGUGGCACGUAAAGCGGACGCUGUACAAUCUCUUCUACAAGGAGGUUCAGGAUCAGGUGUGGAUGGCUGUGGAGGUGGACAAGGCUAGCUAUGUCGAGGAGCUAUGGUUGGCUAAGGUGGAAGAGUUAAAGCAGUGGUUGAGGACCAAAGGAUUGGAGAAAGAGGCGAAGGGGACACUCAAAGCAUCACUUGUGAAGGCGGUGUGGGAAGCCAUGGGUACCAUUGCAUAUGUGAAGAUGACCCCUGAUGAAGCAAAGUGGAAGUUUCCUGAGUUGCGAAAAUUCCGACGGCUAGGAGGAGAACGGGCAGCGGUAGAUGUCCCAGUGGGAUAUGGCGAGGUGCGUCCUGAUACUACUCGAGAGAUGCAGCCCAUCGUUCGAGAUGCUGCGGUUGACGAGGCGGAUGCGGGCGCAACCCAAGUUGAUGUGCAGUGGGCGGAUGUGGAGGAGUUAUGGCAAUACAAUAUCCAUCCUGUGUGUGGUGCGAGACCAUCGUCAUUCGCUAAUUCUCUCAUCGUGCACGCACAUGCGGGUGCAUGCAGUAACUUACGAUUCAUCGGCGGGACGACUCCGUGGGCCAACGAUGAUGAAGCUACUGGUAUGAGCGCUUUGUGA